UAAUCGAGAGGGGGCCCGUCGCGGGGCCCGACAGUCAUUAUCGUACCUGCUCGUAGCUCGUUUGCCACACUCGUGGAGAGCUCUCGUGCGCUUUGGAGCUCCGUGUUUGGUCUCGAACUCGGCCACCUCGCAGCACGUUAGAGCUCGAGUUCAAAUCAAACAUCUUCGAAUAUCGACGGGGGGGGACGGACCAGCUGCGUCAUCAACGAGCAAGAAAAACCGGAGCUGUUCAACAUUUUCGCUGGUUUUCAUCGUCCCAUCGGUCUCCGAGGGAGGCUCACAGAGGAGCGCGCAACCAGAAGAAAUCGAAGGUCAACGGAGUCGAGUGUUAUUCGAUCGUGCCUACCCCCUUCGAUAUUACCGAAUUCUCAAAUCUUUUUAUCCCUCUCGCGUUUACCGCGAAAGUGCCUCGUCGCGGAAAUGAGGAAAUUUUUCUCCGGUAACGAUGGAAAUGUGACGUGACAAACAGUGUGAACGCGCAGCAGGUGAAAACGGAGAAAUAGCAGACGAAAAAUACGAGCUCCGCUCACACGAGUACUCCGUAUAUAAAUAGACACGAUACGACUGUUACUUUUGACUCGAGCCUUACGACGAAUAUCUGUAAAAUUCGAUUUUACAGACUUUCGAUUACGAAAAUAUACAAAUAUUCGAAUUUUUGUACCUUCAAAUACUCUUUUGUGAACUGUGAAUAUUAAAAUUGUCGAGAUGUCAGUGAAACGGACAGAUUCUCUUAUCGGACCGGUUAUGUCGAAGGUCUCCUUGCUUGUUUUCGUCUUGGCUGUCAACCAGGUCAGCGGACAGCUAUUGGACACGGAAUUUCAACCGACGGUAACGGCAACAUGCAAAUCUGGCUACAUGAUGAUACGCGUUAAUCUCAAUCAGAGUUUUGUUGGUGUCGUUCACGCGAGAGAAUUUCGCAAGCCGGAGUGCAUGGUGCCGGGUAACGGAUCGAAUCAUGCCACGUUGGGUAUCAAUUUAUUGGCACCACCGGACGCACCGGACUACUGCGGCGUUCACGUCAAUAAUAACACGGAGGAACGAUCGGUACCGAUCGUCGUUAGAAUACACAAGACCUUGGAACUGGCUGACGACAAGUCCUACGUAAUAACUUGCGGCAAGGCCGGAUUCAAGAAUGCCAAGAACGAGACGUCCUUGGUGUCCUUGCGACUUCUGGAUGCUGCUGGUCAUCGAGUCCAGGCUGCGACUUAUGGACAGAACUACACACUUCGAGCCGAAGUCUCACGACCAGAUGGAGCUUACGGCAUCAGAGUCAAAUCGUGCUUCGCUUUCAACAAGAAAAACAGCAGCGUUCAGCUCAUCGACGACAAAGGGUGUCCGGUGAAGGCGCAAUUCAUAACGAAAUUCGUGUUCGAUCAGAACACCGGUCUUGCCGACGCAUCGGUUUUAUCGAUGUUCCGAUUCCCCGACAGGGAACAAGUUCACCUGCAGUGCGACAUCGCCGUCUGCAUAGGAAGUUGCGGCACUCCGAUAUGCGACGGGGACGACGAGACAAGUGGCGUUAAGGGCGCAGGGACAACCCCGAUCGGGCAAAACGUCGCUGGCGAAGAAGGAACGCUCCUGGCUGGCACGAGCUUCUUCGUACUACUGCCUGGCGAUCCCGUGCCACUGGGCAGCACACACGACGACCGUUACAGCAUCCAUCCCCAAUGGCUGCUCUGGCUCGCAGUCGCCCUCGGUAUCCUCUUCCUCAUAAUGCUCAUUAUAAAUAUCUUUCUUUGCUCUGCGAUGUCCUGCAGCUGUGCAAGAACCGAGAUUAUCGAGAAGGAACCCUCCAUUAUCGAAGACUACGAUCCCUACAGAAGCUGGCCGGGAUCACAAUACGGGUCGAGGUACUCGUUGAACGGCAAACCGGGAUAUCCGUCGGGAGGAUCGACCAUGAAUUCGACGCGAUCGAUAUCGACGAACAGCGAUCACUACGCGAUAGUCCAUUCGCGUCCGGGGAGCAGAUAUUCGGGUCCGGGGCACAAGCACCAUCACCAUCAUCGAGGGCCGCCGUCGAACAUCGGCUCCCACUACUCCGGAAAGUGAUGAAUUUCAAAGUACUCUAAACCCUGAGCAUUUAAAAAAGCGAGUGUCUCCGGCGCUCGGAGACGCGUGGCGAGAAUAGCUCUGAGAUAAUGCGGAAGGAGGAGAGCAGCAGAAUAUUCUACAUCGACAAAAAGCCUCGUCGCGAGUGUCGCCGGAAUUGAGAAUCCUCGAUUAAUUUUCGUUCGCCAAUAUUCCACGCGACCCGAGACACGAAAGUAGUUGAUAAUUUACGUAUUUUCGUCCGGAGACCCCCCACGAGAAUACAAUUUCGUACGAAACCAUUAUAUUUUGUUAUGCAUGUGUACUAUUAACGUAUAUUUACACGCGAAUCCUUUUUUUUAUAACAUCUUUACAUAUUUACUUUCGGCUAGUCAAGUAACGUAAAGACGAUGAUUCGAAAGCGUUGAGUUCGCUAAUAACCGCGUUGUUAGUCGUUCAUUCACCGGUUCGUUUCGUGCUACACACACAUGAAGCAGAUUUGCAAGUGAGCUUUCCACAGUGAAGAUACUCUUGAGCGAUUUCAAACGACUUUCAUCGAUCAAGUCGAAUUAUUAUUCGUGCUGGAUAUAUGCAGACGAACAUUCAUCGUUUAACGAAAGUUCGACGCACAUGUUCACGUUGGAAAUACGCCGACGAAAAACGAGAUCGUCUCACGCCUGUCAAACCCUUAUAAAACAAAUAAACACAAACCUCAAACUAUUGGAGAAUCUCCAGGAGAAACUCACACUGUAUAUAAAUUUGAAUUAAGAAACGGUACGAUCAGAAUUUUUUCUUCGACCACGUAGAAAACAUUUUCGGAGUUUUGAGAAAAUUAUCCAUUCACAGGGACCUGCCAGACCCUUUUCUCUUCUCAACGAAUUCUCAUCGAAGAUUGGUCCACCGAUUGUAUCUGGUUUCUCGAUCUGUUCACAUUUCAAAAUGUUCAAAUUAAAAGUAUUACAUUAUUUUCUAACAGA